UUCAAGCGUUUUUGGUUUUUGAAAAACAUUUCCUACUGUAGGUCCGAACUAAUACCGUUUUGAAUCACGGACACGUGCUGAAAUGGAUGCCCAGAGAUCCACACUGGUCCACUGGUUCCGCAAAGGACUUCGGGUCCACGACAAUCCCGCUUUAUCGCAGAUUUUCACAACCGCCAAUGCGAAGCCCGGGAAAUACCAUAUCCGUCCGAUUUUCAUACUGGAUCCGGGAAUCCUGGAUUGGAUGCAGGUAGGAGCCAAUCGGUGGCGAUUCCUUCAGCAAACGCUGGAGGACUUGGACAAGCAGCUCCGCAAACUGGAUUCUCGUCUCUAUGUGGUGCGCGGAAAGCCCGCAGACGUUUUCCCGAAGAUAUUCAAGAGCUGGCGGGUUGAACUCCUUACUUUUGAGACAGACAUCGAGCCGUAUUCCCUUUCCAGAGAUGCUGCCGUACAGAAGUUGGCCAAAUCCGAGGGUGUCAGGGUGGAAACCCACUGCUCUCACACGAUUUACAAUCCGGAAUUGGUUAUAGCCAAGAAUUUUGGAAAGGCUCCUAUUACCUAUCAGAAGUUCCUAGGUAUUGUGGAUAAACUAAAGGUACCCAAUGUUCUAGGGGAUCCCGAGAAACUCUCGAAAAAGGUUGAGCCACCGAAAGACGAAGUAGAGCAGGAGGAUUCGGCAGCCUAUGAUUGUCCUACUAUGGAGCAACUGGUCAAGAGGCCGGAGGAGCUGGGACCCAACAAGUUCCCGGGAGGCGAAACAGAGGCUCUGCGACGAAUGGAGAAAUCCCUAAAGGAUGAACUUUGGGUUGCCCGCUUUGAGAAGCCCAACACGGCACCUAACUCCCUUGAGCCUAGCACGACUGUGCUAAGUCCGUAUCUGAAAUUUGGAUGCCUAAGUGCUCGGUUGUUUCAUCAGAAACUCAAGGAGAUCCUCAAGCGCCAGACGAAGCAUUCUCACCCUCCCGUUUCGCUAGUUGGACAACUUCUGUGGAGGGAAUUCUAUUACACUGUGGCUACAGCCGAACCAAACUUUGACCGGAUGUUGGGCAAUGUCUACUGCAUGCAGAUUCCAUGGCAAGAGCAGCCCGAUCACCUAAAAGCAUGGGCUCAUGGACGCACCGGCUAUCCUUUCAUCGACGCCAUAAUGCGUCAACUGCGCCAGGAGGGCUGGAUCCAUCACUUGGCGCGGCAUGCGGUAGCCUGUUUUCUAACGCGCGGAGAUCUGUGGAUUAGCUGGGAAGAGGGGCAACGGGUCUUCGAGCAGCUACUGCUGGAUCAGGAUUGGGCCCUGAACGCUGGCAACUGGAUGUGGCUCUCCGCCUCCGCAUUCUUUCAUCAAUACUUUCGGGUUUACAGCCCGGUGGCUUUUGGCAAGAAGACGGAUCCCCAGGGUCACUACAUAAGAAAGUAUGUCCCGGAACUCGCUAAAUAUCCAGCUGGAUGUAUUUAUGAACCCUGGAAGGCCUCGCUGGCCGAUCAAAGGGCGUACGGCUGUGUCCUGGGCACGGAUUAUCCCCACCGGAUUGUGAAACACGAAGUGGUGCACAAGGAGAACAUUAAGCGAAUGGGCGCCGCCUAUAAAGUGAACCGGGAGGUGCGCACGGGCAAGGAGGAGGAGUCGUCCUUCGAGGAAAAACCAGAGACCUCCACUUCAGGCAAGCGGAAGCGAAAGGCAGCCGGAAAUGCCCCAAAGCGAAAACGUUAAAAUUUAUAUAUGUGUGCUAAUUUAAGAAGGAUGAAUUCUGAUAUGGGUAUAGUAAUCGUUUAUAAGUGAAUCUGAACAAAUUGUGCAUGUUAUAUUUUAGAUAUCAGUCCUAACAGUGUUCUACCCUAAUAAGGGUAGAUGUAUUGCUAGUUUUAAGCAUUUGUUAUUUCUUAACCACUUAUUAAAACAAUUUCUUGCACAACUAACUGAUUGAAUAUAAAAUAGUAAGAUGACUUGAAAAGUACUUGAAAUAUAUUUGAAAUAAAAUAUAACUCUAAA